CCGCCGCGCGGUCGGCCAUGGAGGUUUUGCGCAAAGCGCUGAUCGUGGGUGCCCUUCUGGGCGCGGGGGCUGGCGUGGGCUCCGCGCUCUUUGUCCUCGUGACCCCGGGAGAGGAGCAGAAGCAGGCGAUGCUGAAGGAGAUACCCGAGCAGGACCCGCGGCGCAGGGACGAGGCGACCAGAACCAAAGAGUUAGUGCUGGCCACUCUGCAGGAGGCAGCGACCACGCAGGAGAACGUGGCCUGGAGGAAGAACUGGAUGGUCGGCGGCGACGGGAGGUCCGCGUGAGCCCGGACCUCCCUCGUGGGCGCUGGCACCUUCCUCCCGCGGAGUCCGGCGCGGCCUUUCUCCCCCGUAGUCCCGGUAGGGAGUCCGGACCC